ACAUCAGUGGGUUUGGCUCCGGGGCUCAAUGGAAACUGGGUGAGCGCCGGGCUGUGCCGACCACACGCCGGCUGGAGGGGACGGCGAGCGGGCGGGAGGCGGCAGGCAGCGCCGCGCCGCGCUGAGCCGAGCCGAGCGGAGCUGAACGAAGGAGGGACGCGUCGAGCACGGCCGCCGCCAGCCCUCCCCAAUCCUCCGUCAUCCUUCCCGCCGCGGCCGCCUGGCCCCCUGACAGCCGGCGGAGCAGCAGCCCCACACGGUCCCCUUCCCGUCAGGCACGAUUGAACCAUGGAGCUUCGAGUGGGGAACAAAUACCGGCUGGGCAGAAAGAUUGGCAGUGGUUCAUUUGGAGACAUUUACCUAGGAGCCAAUAUUGCAACUGGUGAAGAGGUGGCCAUCAAACUGGAAUGUGUCAAAACCAAGCAUCCACAGCUCCACAUUGAAAGCAAGUUCUACAAGAUGAUGCAGGGAGGAGUGGGUAUCCCCUCCAUUAAGUGGUGUGGAGCAGAGGGGGACUAUAAUGUGAUGGUGAUGGAGCUCUUGGGGCCUAGCCUGGAAGAUCUCUUCAACUUCUGUUCCCGCAAAUUUAGUCUCAAGACAGUUCUGCUCCUGGCAGACCAGAUGAUCAGCCGUAUCGAGUACAUUCAUUCCAAGAAUUUCAUCCACCGGGAUGUGAAGCCAGACAACUUCCUUAUGGGCCUUGGCAAAAAAGGCAACCUAGUAUACAUCAUUGAUUUUGGUUUGGCUAAGAAGUACCGAGACGCCCGGACCCACCAGCACAUCCCCUACCGGGAAAACAAGAACCUGACCGGCACAGCUCGUUACGCCUCUAUCAACACCCACCUGGGAAUAGAGCAGAGUCGCCGCGAUGACCUAGAGAGCCUGGGCUACGUGCUCAUGUAUUUCAACCUGGGCUCGCUGCCCUGGCAGGGCCUCAAGGCUGCCACCAAGCGCCAAAAGUAUGAGAGGAUCAGUGAGAAGAAGAUGUCAACGCCCAUUGAGGUGCUCUGCAAAGGGUACCCUUCUGAGUUCUCGACAUACCUCAACUUCUGCCGCUCACUGAGGUUUGAUGAUAAACCUGACUACUCCUACCUUCGGCAGCUCUUCCGCAACCUCUUCCACCGCCAAGGCUUCUCCUACGACUACGUCUUUGACUGGAACAUGCUUAAAUUUGGAGCAGCUCGGAAUCCUGAGGAUGUGGAUCGGGAACGGCGAGAGCAUGAGCGAGAAGAGAGGAUGGGGCAGCUCCGGGGCUCAGCCACACGAGCGCUGCCCCCAGGUCCACCUGCUGGAGCCACUGCCAAUCGCCUUCGCAAUGUCACUGAGCCCAUGGCCUCCACUCCCACCUCCCGAAUCCAGCAGUCCGGAAACACGUCCCCCAGAGCAAUCUCGAGAGUGGACAGGGAGCGGAAGGUCAGCAUGAGGUUACACCGAGGAGCUCCUGCCAAUGUCUCCUCAUCUGACCUCACAGGGCGGCAAGAAGUGUCACGGAUUUCAGCAUCACAGACAAGUGUGCCAUUUGAUCACCUUGGGAAGUGAGGAGCAAUUGCCACUGGACCAGUGUUUGCUUAGUGUCUUCACUGUAUUUUUCUUUUAAAAAACAAAAAAAGCCCCAAAAAAACACAAAAAAAAAUAGAAAAGACAAAAAAACCCAACAAAAACAAACCAACAAACCCAAGUGAAUUUCUUUUUGCAACGACAAGGAGUCGAGCUGUGCCCUUGUGCUGGCGUGAGCCGUUGCUGAGAGGGCUGCCUGUGUUCCCCAGCCUGAGCGCCUCAGAGAAGCUGACGACCUGGGAGCUGUGCGGGAACACCUCCUCUGCCCCUCCAGUCUCACCCUGGCCCUGCUGCCACCCUCACUGAUUAUCCCCAAGUUCCCUCCUCUGACUCUGUUCCUGGUUUUGGUUUCUCUCUUUAUUUUCUUCUUCCUGGAUAUUGUCUCCUGCUUGCUUUCUCUUUUCUUAAUUUUCAAAUCAUAUGGUUUCUAGCCAUAUAAAUUUUAUCUUUGCUCUCCAUUUUUCCUGAGGGCAGGGGAUGUGAGGGUUGGUUUUUUUGUUGUUGUUGUUGUUUUCUUAUUUCAGGAGCCUUGUGAGCCAGGAGGGAAUCAGACUCCAGCCACACUGGAUGGUAGAAGUCUGAUUUUUAUUACUAUAACAGAAUUUAUUUUCUCAAGCAUUAGUUGAAUUUUAAGCUGUGAGGGGAAUUGUGGCAACAGCCUAAUCAAUGACUUGGGCUUCCUUUCCUUGGGUGGUUUCUCUGCAUUUGUUUUUUUGGCUGUUGGGAAAAGUGCCAGACAUCUGAGUGGUCCUCAUGCGCCGAGGGAUCCUGGAGCAGCACCUGGUCCCAUGGAGGAUGGGAAGGCCGGAGCUGAAAUACAGGGAGAAAUCCACUUCCCAUCCCUGCAGCAGGGUCUGUUUUUUGUCUGGCUGUGCGUGGUUUUUUCUAUUUUUGUUUUUUAAUUACAACUUGUUUUAAUUCCUGCGGAGAGAGUGUGGGACUUGAGGAGAAGACAGAGAGAGGUGCACAGAAACUGGAGUUUGGUGUUCUUUCAGAGCGAUAGCUCUUGCUCUCUUCUUCACUCAUGCAACCCCAAGUAAGAUCCACCGUACAUGCACAAUCCCUUCCUGCCCUCUCCCUGCUGUCUCCCCUUCUUCCUUCCCUCCCCCCCUCCUUUAGUUGUUUUUAAAUAUAAUUUAGGAAUACUCAAGCUGCAUUGUGGCACUUGAGGCUUUGAAACACAAUGAUCACCACUGCGACCUAUGGCCUGUAGCAGACACACUGUCACUGUAGUGUGGAGCCGAUGGGUUGUUGGCAGGGCGGGGAGGGUGGGGUUAGUCUUUGUUUUUGUUUGUUUUUAUCCUUUCUAUUUAACACUUUUAUUUUUCCUCCUUAUUUUUUUCCUAAUUUAUUUACCCCUCUUACUGUCUCUCUCUUUUUUUUUUUUUUUAAUUAAAGAGCAAAACUUUUUAUUACUUUGUAAUUUAAAAAAACAAACAAAAAAAAACCUGAAGAACUUUGGGGGGGAUUUUGUACUUUUUUCCUGUGUAAAUAUUGAACUUUUUUGAGCUUUAUCGUGGUUGUUAAUUUGAAGUAAUAAAGUAGAAAAUGAUAAAGUGA